AUGGACGAACGCGCUAAGAUCCCCGUCUCUCUUCCGUGCGACAAGCCGACGGUCAGCUACUGGCAAGACCCGCCUGAUCCCAUCGCCGACCACCGCACCACGCCCGACCUGCCGCCCACGGCCGACACCAUCAUCAUCGGUAGCGGCAUCACGGGGGCCGCCGUCGCCUGGAACCUACUGCAGAGUCGCAACCCGGGCACCAUCGUGAUGCUCGAGGCCCGCCAGGCCUGCUCCGGCGCCACGGGCCGAAACGGCGGUCACACCAAGGCGGCGUCGUACCGCACCUACGCCGCCCAUCGCGCCGCCCACGGGGCCCGCGUCGCCGCGCAGGUCGCCGCCCUCGAGCUGCGCGGCAUCCUCGCCCUGCACGACUUUGCCGACGCCCACGCCAUCCCCUGCGACCACCUGCGCCCCGACUUCGGACCCGGAGGGCCCGGCGAGAAGGAGGGAGGAGGAGGGAGAGGAGGAGAAGGAGGAGGAGGAGGCACUGCCAGCACCAGUACCAUCGACGUCAUCUACGACCCGGCCGAGUGGGCGGCCGCCGUGUCCGGCGUCGCCGCCAUCCAGCGCGACUUCCCCGCCGGCGCUCCCGAGGCCACCUACACGCUCUACUCGCGCGAGGAGGUGUUGGAGCGGUUCCGCGUGCACGACGCGGAGGAGAAGGUGCAGGGCGGGGUCGGGUACCCCGCCGGCUCGCUGUCGGCGUACCGCUUCGUCAUCGGCGUGCUGCGGCUCUGUCUGGAGCGGGGGCUCAACCUGCAAACUGGGACGCCGGUUCUGGAGCUUGCCAAGGUAGAGGCGGCCUCCUCAUCCUCCCCCUCCUCGAUCUCGACCUCGACCUCGACCUCGUCGCCGCCGCGGCGGGUGUGGGAAGUGCGAACGGCGCGGGGCGUAAUCAAGGCCCCGAGGGUGGUGCUGGCGACCAACGGGUACACGGCGGCGAUCUGGAAGCCGUUCCAGGGCGUUGUGGUGCCGGUGCGCGGGCAGGUCACGGCGCAGAGGCCCGGGCGGUCCAUGCCGCGGGGCGGGUGCCUGGAGACGACCUACAGCUUCAUCUACCGGCGCGGCUAUGAAUACAUGGUCUCGCGGCCCGACGGUGCCAGGUUCGCGGGCGACGUCGUCAUCGGGGGCGGCCUGGCGAGGGCGGAGCGCGGGGGCCUGUCCGAGUUCGGAACGGCGGACGACGGCGCGCUCAACGACGGCAUCAGCAGCUAUCUGAGGGAAGCGGCGGCGCGCUAUUUCGGUCCCGACUGGGGCGACGACCAUCCCGACGGGCGGGUCCGGAACGAGUGGACCGGCAUCAUGGGUUUCAGCCCGGACGGAUUCCCGUUCGUCGGCGAGGUGCCGGGGGAAAGCGGGCUAUGGACCAGCUGUAGUUUCCAGGGACACGGCAUGGUCCUGUGCUGGAUGUGUGCGAGGGCUCUGGUGGACAUGAUGGAGGGUCGGGACGACGAGCAACUGAGGGACUGGUUCCCGGACGUCUUCCGCAUCACCAGGGAGAGGCUGGCACUAAAGUUUCAAGGCCGUCUGGACUCGAUCCCCCACGUCGGAGACGACUAG